UUCCUCAAUCCGCCCGGUUCUCAAGGUCUAAUCCGCUAUAUAAAUACCCAAACCCCCCUUAUUAAAUUAAACCCACAACAUCAUAUCUUCGUCACUGUCACCUGCUUUCUCAAGAGGAGAAAAUAUGAACAGGCCAGGAGACUGGAAUUGCAGUUCGUGCCAGCACCUCAACUUCCAAAGGAGGGACUCAUGCCAGCGCUGUGGAGAACCGAGACCCGGUGGCGAGAGAGGCGACUAUGGAAGCUUUGAUGGUAGGGGUGGGUCCGGGUCGUCGUUCGGGUUCACUGGACCCGAUGUUAGGCCCGGUGACUGGUAUUGCAGUGUGGGCAACUGCGGGGCUCACAACUUCGCCAGCAGAUCAAGCUGCUUCAAAUGUGGUGCAGCCAAAGAUGAACCGUCUGGAGGGUUUGAAGGUGACAUCCCACGUAUGAGGGGCUUUAGCUUUGGCAGUGGCAGCUCCAGUCGCUCUAACUGGAAAUCUGGAGACUGGAUUUGCAUCAGGUCGGGUUGCAAUGAGCACAACUUUGCCAGCAGGAUGGAAUGUUUCAGAUGCAAUGCACCAAGGGACUCGACCCACAAAUCUUCAUACUAAUUAAUAAAAAUGAAAUUUUCAUUAUUGGGUACUGCUGCAGUCCCAGGAGAUAGAUCGAUGAGACAAGGCAACCCUAGCUGUUGCUUUUUUUCUUUUCGUUUUGUUUGUUUGUUUAUGUUAGAUGAAUCAUGUAUG